CAACUACAAACGACUCUGUUCCUUUUAGCUCUUUCUUCUUCAACCUAGCAUCAUUGCUACUAUGAACUUUCACUCUCUCAUAUUGUUUUUCCAGCCAAGAAUUUCGUUGGAGCUGAGAAACCUUUAACCUAGACUAAACUGUUCUUCCAUCUGCAUAAUUCACGACAUGCUUUUCCUUUCAACUGUUUUCCUUUUUGAGGUCCGUUUCGGUGAAAAGGGGUAACUGGUUCUUGUUGAUAUGAAACUCCUAAACGUUUUUCUUUUCCCAAUUUUAUUGGUCCAACAGAAGUAAAAUUGUUGUAUGAUAAGGAGCCAUAAAUAAGUUGAAUCUACGUUUUGACCUGAGGCAGAUCGAAUAUGUCUACUUCUUGGCACAAAUACGAACUGGUAGACGGCUCAGAUGACCCUGAAAACAUUCCAUUAGUCGCGGUCAAUGAGAAGCCUGUUCGUAGGAUAUGCAAGUGUCACCCUUCAGUCCUUGAUGAACUUGGAGAAAAGGGAAAGCUCCAAGUGUCGCACCCCAGAUUUGGCCCAUUUUACCGUGAAGACGAAUCCGAGGUCAGUGGAAAGAAGGAAGCGUGGGAUAAAGUACUGGAGAAAUCUGGAGACAAGAACAGAACCAUAGAAAAUUACUUGUUUGCAACGAGAAGGAUAGAGAAAAGAGCCAGAGCAAGUUAUGCUGAUGCUGGAAGAGUCCUGCAUAACUUGACAGAGUCUCAGUUCCGGUGGAUGAUGAUUGAAGAUGGUUGCUUCUUCCUCCAGUUGGCAUUAUUCAUCCUCGGAGUUUCUUCCAAGCAGCUGGGUUAUCCCGACAAUCACAUUAUCUUUGGCAAAAAAAAGACGAAAGAGGAUGUCAACAGUUGGAUUGAGGCGAUGUUCUUUGUUGGAAAUCAAAUUCCACUUGUGGUGCUCAAUGAAUUUAUGAAGCAGAGUUUUUUCCAGAAAAUACUAAAUCAAGUGAACAGUGAAACCCCAUCACAACUGCCCAAGCGGAUCUUGUAUGAGUUGCUUGUUCUGCCUGCUCGAGAACAUGUUACCAAUCAAACUGUUGCAUCACCAAAGCCACGGGGUGAAGAGCGGCAGCCUACUGACUUGCUUCAUGCGCUCCACUCAUUCAUGCUUGAUCCAGCACGAAGUUUAAGCAAUGUCAACCUCGUUGAAGCUGACACAGGGGAUGUUGAUUUGGGGGACAGCAGGGGAGUCCAUGGGGCGAAGAACCUGACUCUUAGCGCCUCCGAGUUGAAUAAGAAGGGAAUCCGUUUUAGGAAAGUGAAAGAGGUGGGCUGUACAGAGAUAAGUUUUACAGACUUCUUCAUCUUUGCUCGUCUUUACUUGCCGGUAUUCACAGUUGGUGAUGAUACAGAACUAGUUUUCAAAAGCCUGAAGCAUUACGAGGAGAGUCAACAACAGGGCAAGAGCAAACGCGAGGUGAGAUCCUAUCUGCAGUUCAUGAACGAUCUCAUUUGUACCUAUGAAGAUGUCAAGCUGUUAGCCAAAAAAGGAAUCAUCAAAGCAGACAACCCCUACCAUAAAGAGAAGUUGCCUACAAUCUUGAGCAAUCUGGCCGGCCAGGACAAGCACACCACUCCAAACCUCCACCUUUUGAGGAUCCAACUGAGAGACUAUAACAUUGCUCCCUGGGAAAGGGCAUUUGGUGAGUGACGUGAAGACUACGGUGCAGGAAAGAAGCCUUUCCUCAAGAACAGGGAUUGGCUAGUGCAACUCUUGCUAAGAGCAUACCUAGGCCAUGCCACAAUGUUGGAGCAGGGCACAAGCAAGUUAAAGUGGAGAUGAAAGUUCACAAUUUGGUGCAUUUUCUCAACUGGGAUCAUUGAAGAGUAUCAAGAACAGGACAGCUGAAUAAUCUUUGUAUGAAAGACAGCCGUUCCUCAGAGUAACAAUCAAACUUUUUAAUGUCAAGCGAUGUCCUCUUCAAGUGGCUUGAGUUGAUGCCUAUGUAGCGGAUGAUGAGCUCCAAGUCCUCGAGGUUUCCUUCUGCAGUUGCUACUAGAAUCCGAAGGUUGGUCAGCUUUAUGAGGUCCUUAGCUCUGCACACACUUGUAUUCAAUCCCUCAAGUAUCUCUAGUUGCUUCAAGCUAUCUAGUUUCAACAUUCCACGAUGAUCAGGAGUUUGAAAUGCUAGAGGGAAAUACAGAUGUCUUAAUCGCUCAAGCUUCCAAAUGACAUUUGAAAUGGUCAUUAUGCAAUCUUUUUGAACCCUUAGGUCGAGGGUCUGCAAGUACAAAAGGUUGCCAAUGUAUGAUGGCAAAUCCUCGAGGUAACAUCCUCGAAAACUCAAGUAUCUCAAGUAGACUAACUCUCCUACUCCUUGAGGAAGAUUUCCAUCCUGAAAACUAACUCUGUCAAAAUCUAAAACUCUUAGCGGUCUAAGUUUUCUGAAAUUAAAAAGUCCCUGUGGCCACCUAGAUCCUUGCCUUGAUUGUUCAGAGUUGAGGCAUAAAAGAGACCGAAGGUUAGCAGUGGGGAUAACAUUUGAUACGCUGUAAUAUUUAUCGAAAUAUAUAGCACAUCUUUGUGCUUUUGAAA